AAUUCAAUUCAAUUCCAUUGGAAAAAUUCAACAGUUAAGAAUUCCGGUAGUUUUUCAAAGUUCCGCUCGCCUUUCAACAAAUCCAAAUUCAAAAUGUGUACGCGUGAUCCAGCUUCCAACCAAUUGAUUGAUUACAAGACCAAUGAUGCCGAGGUGCAAAAGGAAUGCACAGCCUCGACGGGUGUGCCUGUGGGCGUUAAGGAUGCCAUACAAACGGUGGGACCACGGGGUCCGGCCUUGCUUCAGGAUUUCAUAUUUCUAGACGAAAUGGCUCAUUUCGAUUCGGAGCGUAUACCCGAACGUGUGGCCUAUGCCAAGGGUGCUGGGGCUUUUGGGUAUUUCGAGUGUACCCACGACAUUACGAAGUUCUGUGCGGCCACACUUUUCGAUCGCAUCAGGAAGCGUACGGCCGUUGCGAUGCGCUUCUCUGUGGCCUGUGGGGAGAAUGGAUCGGCGGAUACGGUCCGUGAACAGCGUGGCUUUGCAGUCAAGUUCUAUACUGAGGAUGGCAUCUGGGAUAUAGUGGGCGCCAACAUGCCCGUCUCAUAUGUGCGUGAUCCGUCGCUCUUUCCCAGUCUGGUGCAUGCACAGAAGCGAAAUCCUCAGACCCAUUUACGUGAUGCCGACAUGUUUUGGGACUUUAUGACGCUGCGGCCCGAAACUUUGCACGCCCUACUGAUGUAUUUCAGUGAUCGUGGCACCCCAGAUGGCUAUCGCCACAUGCAUGGCUAUGGAGCGCAUACCUAUCGCAUGGUGAAUGCAACUGGCGAGGCGUUUUACGUGAAGUUCCACUUCAAGACCGAUCAGGGCAUCAAGAACUUGGACACACGACGCUGCGAUGAGCUGGUUGCCCACGAUCCCGAUUAUGCCAUCCGCGAUCUAUACAACGCCAUCAAGAAAGGCAACUAUCCCAGCUGGAGCAUGUACAUACAGGUUAUGCUGGGCGAGGAGGCCAAGAAGUGUCGAUUCAAUCCGUUCGAUGUGACCAAAGUUUGGCCACAAAAGGACUAUCCGUUGCUUCCGGUGGGAAAACUCGUGCUCGAUCGCAAUCCCACCAACUACUUUACCGAGGUCGAGCAACUAGCCUUCAGUCCCGCCCACAUGAUACCCGGCAUUGAAGCGUCGCCGGACAAAAUGCUUCAGGGUCGUCUCUUUGCCUAUGGAGACGCCCAGCGCUAUCGUCUGGGCACCAAUUACAUGCAAAUACCCGUGAACUGCCCUUAUCGAGUGCAUGUGAAGAAUUUCCAGCGCGAUGGUCACAUGACGGUCAACGAUAAUCAAAACGGAGCCCCUAAUUAUUGGCCCAACUCCUUCUGUGGGCCGAAGGAGAGUUCGCGUGCACUGGCCUUGCAAACCUGCUGUCCCAUCACCGGCGAUGUCUAUCGCUAUGGCAGCGGCGAUACCGAGGAUAAUUUCAGUCAGGUCACCGAUUUCUGGACCUAUACACUGGACAAUUGUGGGCGCAAGCGCUUGAUACGCAAUAUGUCCGAGCAUUUGUGCGAAGCGAGCCAAUUCCUGCAGGAGCGGGCCGUAAAGCUGUUCACCAUGGUCCACGCCGACUUUGGACGCCUGAUGACCGAGGCCUUGAACACGGCCAGAAUAUCCAAAUUCUAAUUCAGUUUAAUUUCUUGUAGAGCACUGCAAUUGCAGCGGCAUUGUUUGUGUAGUUUUUGGGAGCUGGUUCUCAAAUAAAUACCAUACACGUGAUAGAAUAAUA